UGGUCUGAACACACUGGCGGGAGAGACGGAGAAAGAAGCACAAGGUUUUAUUGUUAGUCCGUGAUUAGCAGCAGGGGUCACUAAAUAUACAUCUAUAUAUAAAUAUACUUUUUGCAUUUUUUUAAAAAAAGAAAAGAGGCACGAAGCAACAAGAGGGCUGGCUUUUAUUUUUAUUUUUUUUGAUAGAAGUCGCCCGCGGAAAUUCACCUGGUGUUACUAGAAUAAUUAAAGCUAGUCUGGGUUUGCGACAUAUAUUUGCUUAUCGACUUGCUAGCUGUUCAGAGGCUAAUGGCGAAGGUUCAGGUGUUAAACGUUGCUGUUUUGGACAACCCGAGUCCCUUCGGGAAUCCAUUUCAAUUUGAGAUCACGUUCGAGUGCAUGGAGGAUCUUCCUGAAGAUCUUGAGUGGAAGAUCAUAUAUGUGGGCUCAGCUGAGAGCGAGGAGUAUGACCAGACCCUGGACUCAGUCCUGGUGGGGCCUGUUCCUGCAGGGAGACACAUGUUCGUCUUCCAGGCAGAUGCUCCGAAUACAGGCCUGAUCCCUGAGAGUGAUGCCGUGGGUGUCACUGUCGUCCUGAUUACCUGCACAUACAGAGGACAGGAGUUUAUUCGCAUUGGGUAUUAUGUCAACAACGAGUACACGGACGCUGAACUCCGGGAAAACCCGCCUCUUAAACCUGACUACUCGCAGCUUCAGAGAAACAUCUUGGCGUCGAACCCACGUGUCACCCGAUUCCACAUCAACUGGGAGGGGUGCUCUGAGAGGAUGGAGGACUCAGAGAAUGUUGACCCGUCUCCGAAUGUGAUGCUGCCUCCGUCGUGCCCACCGGGGAAAGCACCUUCUCUAGGACUGAUGCCUGAUAACUCAAUGGAUUGCUUGUAGAGCCUUUGAGCCAUCUUGUUAAGGAAUCAUCAUUACCUCUACGAGCUCGUACUCCUCGUGCACCCUCGGUUUCCACCGGAGCGGAAACGCAGAUGUGCCAUUGGCACUGACAACAAAAAAGACACACUUUUUGAUUUAAUUUUUUUGUGUGUUUGUGUGAGAGAGAUUCAGUAUUUUGAGGAGAUUCUUCAUCAUUAAUGUUGGAUGUGUCAGAAUGUUCAAGGUUAGCAGGAUUUUUCAGAUCAACUCAGUUCGCGUGUGUGUGAGAUUGUACUAUACUGUAUAUAUGUUUACUUCUGUUUGUAUUCUGGCUCCAAAUAAAUAAAUAUCUUUUGUUACCUGA